CUGCCGCACUCCUUUUGGCUCCCAGGACAGGACAUUUCCUAGCAGCUGCCCCAGACCAUGGCCUUGCAGAGUGCUCGACCCACGCUGAGGUUCUUCGAGGCCCCCACCCAUGGCAGCCUCCUGCUCCUGCUUCUCAGCCUCCAGUGGGUGCUACUUUCCAGAGCCCAGACUGCAGACACAGGACAGGGUGUUGUGACCCCAUGGCUGCAACGCACUUCCCGGGACCUGUCCAGGCAGUGGCCUGAGCCGAUUGUCAUUCUCCCGAGGGCUCUGCGGGGCACAGAGAAGAAGGCCUGUCCCCCGGGGAGAGAGGUCCACGUGGUGGAUGAAAGCCUUGUCUUCUACUCGGAGUGGGAGCUGGAGGCCUGUGUGCACGGGGCCCUGCUGGCUGAGCAUAUGGACCAAGUGAAUGCAGUUCCCUUCACCUACCAGCAGCUAAACAUUUUAAAGCGGAAAUUGGACCAGUUCUACCCACAGGGGUACCCUGAGUCCCUGAUUCAGCACCUGAGUUACUUCUUCCUUGAGGUCACCCCCGAGGACAUCCACAAGUGGAAUGUGACAUCCCUGGAGACUGUGAAAUCUCUGCUUCAAAUCAGCAAAGGGGGAAAAAUGGAUGCUCAGGUGGCUGCCCUGAUUGCCCGCUAUCUGGUGGGAGGAGGCCAGCUGGACAAGGUCACCCUGGACAUGCUGGCCAGCUUUCACCCUACCUACAUCUGCUCCCUCAGUCCUGAGCAGCUGAGCUUGGUGCAACAAGAUGUUGUUUGGGCGGUCAGGCCUCAGGACCUGGAUGGGUGCGGUCCACUGCAGAUGGACGUUCUCUAUCACAAGGCCCACAUCGCUUUCCGGAACAUGAGCGGUUCCGCAUAUUUUGCAAGGAUCAAGCCCUUCCUGGGUGGGGCCUCCGCAGAGGACUUGCGGGUUCUCAUUCAGCAGAACAUAAGCAUGGACAUGGCCACAUUCAAGAAGCUGAGGAAAGAGGCCUUGCUGCCACUGACCAUUGCCGAGGUGCAAAAACUUCUGGGUCCAAACCUGGAGGGCCUGAAGGCAGAGGAGGGGAACAGCCCUGUGCGGGACUGGAUCUUCAGGCAGCGGCAGGAUGACCUGGACAGACUGGGCCUGGGGCUCCAUGGUGGCAUCCCCAAUGGCUAUCUGGUCCUAGACCUCAACAUUCGAGAGGCCCUCCUGGGGGGCUCCCACCUCCUUGGACCUGGAUCUGCAUUCACUGUGAUCCCAACUCUGCUCCUGGCUUUCAUCCUGAGCUGAGAACACUACUCUGGAUGCCGAACUGGGCCCUGCUGUGGAGACUCCCACUGGUGGGAGCAUGCCUGGAUGGUCCUUGCCCCAUUCCAGGGGACUGUGGCUCAAUAAAAGAGCACCCGUCCUCCCACCAAAGAGGUGACUUGUGGUG